UUCCAGUACAAAUUAGAGCAGCAACGUAGGGGGUGGUGGCAACGGGCCUUGACUGAGCUUGAAGGUGACGAGACGAGGGGAAGAGGAUGCUGUUUUUGGAGAGGAGCAUCAUAGAAGGUUCCCCCCCCCUCCUCCAUCUGUGUGUGUGUGUAAAAAUGGUCUGGCCACUCUGCCAGCCUGGAGAGGGCUGGAGACUGAAAAUGUCUUCUGAACCUUUUUGUCUGGCUGCUCAAAUUAGGUUUGAUUCCAAAUGGCUGAAGACAGAUUUACAGCUUGCUUUUACACGAGAUGGACUCUGUGGCUUGUGGAAUGAAAUGGUGAAAGAUGGUGAAAUUGUAUACACUGGAACAGAAUUAGCACAAAGUGGUGAACUACCUCUAAGAAAAGAUGACAGCAUUGAAUGCCAGACUGGAUCAAAGAAGGAAGAACAAAAUGACAAAGAAAAGAAAGAUGAAGAGGAAACUCCACUACCUACUUAUAGGGCCAAAUCGAUUGUUGAGAGUUGGGUGUGGGGUAAACAACCAGAUGUGAAUGAGUUGAAAGAGUGCCUGUAUGUGCUGGUGAAGGAACAGCAAGUUCUAGCCACACAAACUGCCACGACAACUCUUUCGGCUCUGCGGCUGAAGCAGAGGCUAGUUGUUCUGGAACGAUAUUUCAUUGCAUUGAACAGAACUGUUCUUCAGGAGAAUGUCAAGGUUAAGUGGAAAAGCAGUAGUAUUCCUCUGCCUGCUGCGGACAAGAAAAGUCCCAGACCUAUAGGCAAAGGUGUAGAAGGACUUGCACGAGUGGGAUCCAGAGCAGCACUUUCAUUUGCAUUUGCAUUCCUUCGCAGAGCUUGGAGGUCAGGUGAGGAUGCAGACCUUUGCAGUGAAUUGUUACAAGAAUCUCUUGAUGCACUACGAGCACUACCGGAAGCAUCCCUUUUUGAUGAAGGGACUGUAUCAUCUGUAUGGUUGGAAGUUGUGGAGAGAGCUACUAAAUUCCUAAGGUCUGUUGUGACUGGUGAUGUACAUGGAGCUCCAAGUUCCAAAGGGCCAGCAAACAUUCCAUUACAAGACCAGCACUUGGCACUUGCUAUAUUGUUAGAGUUGGCAGUGCAGAGGGGCACACUAAGCCAAAUGUUGUCUGCUGUUAUGUUGCUGCUUCAACUCUGGGAUAAUGGAACAAGAGAGACAGAUAAUGAGCGAUCUGCACAAGGAACAAGUGCACCCCUUCUACCUUUGCUGCAAAGGUUUCAGAGCAUAAUCUGUAAUAAAGACAUACCUAACGCCGAGGAUGAGAUUCAGAUGCUGUCCUACUCCCUGAGUCCCAAUGAGAGUUUUCUGAGGUACCUGACUUUACCACAGGACAAUGAGCUAGCAAUUGAUCUGCGACAAACGGCAGUUGUGAUCAUGGCCCACUUAGAUCGCCUGGCCACUCCAUGCAUGCCUCCACAGUGUAGCUCUCCUACAUCUCAUAAGGGAUCUUUGCAAGAAGUCAUAGGUUGGGGUUUAAUAGGAUGGAAAUAUUAUGCUAAUGUGAGUGGUCCAAUUCAGUGUGAAGGACUUGCCAAUCUUGGAGUUAUGCAAAUUGCCUGUGCAGAGAAACGUUUUUUAAUCUUAUCUAGAAAUGGACGAGUUUACACGCAGGCAUACAACAGUGACACACUGGGACCACAGCUGGUGCAGAGUCUUGCUUCUAGAAAUAUUGUGAAGAUUGCAGCACAUUCAGAUGGUCACCACUAUCUUGCCUUGGCAGCAACUGGAGAGGUUUUCUCUUGGGGUUGUGGAGAUGGUGGAAGACUAGGCCAUGGAGACACAGUACCCUUGGAGGAACCAAAGAUGAUAUCUGCUUUAUCUGGAAAGCAGGCUGGGAAGAUCAGUGCAAUGUCUUCCUUUCUAGGCCAGGUGUGGUCUUGGGGCGAUGGAGAUUACGGGAAGCUAGGAAGAGGUGGCAGUGAUGGUUGCAAAACUCCCAAGUUGAUAGAAAAGCUUCAGGACCUGGAUGUUGUGAAAGUACGCUGUGGGAGUCAGUUUUCUGUUGCUUUAACAAAAGACGGGCAGGUCUAUUCCUGGGGGAAAGGUGACAAUCAGAGGCUUGGGCAUGGAACAGAAGAGCAUGUUCGAUAUCCUAAACUGCUGGAAGGCUUGCAAGGGAAAAAAGUGGUGGAUGUGGCGGCUGGAUCUACCCAUUGCUUGGCACUUACUGAGGAUAGUGAAGUGCACAGCUGGGGGAGCAAUGAUCAGUGCCAGCAUUUUGAUACUUUAAGGAUCACCAAACCAGAGCCUACUGCUCUCCCAGGAUUAGACAGAAAGCACAUUGUUGGAAUUGCUUGUGGGCCUGCGCAGAGUUUUGCCUGGUCAUCUUGUUCUGAAUGGUCCAUUGGUUUGCGUGUACCGUUUGUGGUGGAUGUUUGCCCAAUGACAUUUGAACAGCUAGAUCUCCUAUUGAGACAAGUGACUGAGGGAAUGGAUGGCACCUCUGACUGGCCACCACCACAGGAGAAGGAAUGUAUGGCUGUUGCAACCUUAAAUCUUCUAAGACUUCAGCUACAUGCUGCCAUCAGUCACCAGGUUGAUCCAGAAUGCCUUGGCUUGGGUUUAGGCAGCGUAUUGUUGAAUAGCCUGAAACAGUCCGUGGUAACUUUAGCAAGUAACGCUGGAGUUCUUAAUACUGUACAGUCAGCUGCUCAAGCAGUGCUGCAGAGUGGGUGGUCUGUGUUGCUGCCAACAGCAGAGGAGCGAGCUAGGGCUCUUUCAGCUCUCUUACCCAGUGCAGUUUCAGGAAAUGAAAUGAAUGUAAGUCCAGGCCGUCGAUUUAUGAUUGACCUCUUGGUGGGCAGUUUGAUGGCUGAUGGAGGUUUAGAGUCUGCAUUAAGUGCUGCUAUCACUGCAGAAAUUCAGGAUAUUGAGGCAAAAAAAGAAGCCCAGAAAGAAAAAGAAAUUGAUGAACAGGAAGCAAAUGCUUCAACACUUCAUAGGAGCAGGACUCCAUUAGACAAAGACCUUAUUAAUACUGGGAUCUAUGAGUCUGCAGGGAAGCAGAGUUUACCUUUGGUUCAACUGAUUCAGCAAUUACUGAGGAACAUCGCUUCGCAGACUAUAGCCAAGCUAAAAGAUGUGGCUCGUCGCAUUUCUUCCUGCCUAGACCACGAACAUUACAGUAAAGAGAGGUCUGCUUCUUUGGACUUGUUGCUGCGUUUUCAGCGUUUACUUGUUAGUAAACUUUACCCAGGAGAGAAUGUUGGACAGGUCCCUAAUACAUAUGGUCCUGAGCUUCUAGGAGUUGGUUCUCUGCUAAAGAAAUACACAGCACUUUUGUGCACACACAUUGGUGAUAUACUACCUGUGGCAAUCAGCAUUGCAUCCACUAGUCACAGACAUUUUGCAGAAGUAUCUCGGGUUGUGGAUGGAGAUUUAACAGGUGUUCUCCUUCCAGAGUUGGUAGUUUCUAUAGUGUUGCUUCUCAAUAAAAAUGCUGGACUGAUGCAGGAAGCGGGUGCUAUUCCUCUGUUGGCUGGCCUGCUAGAGCAUCUGGACAGAUUUAACCAUCUAGCACCUGGAAAAGAAAGAGAUGACAAUGAGGAUUUAGCAUGGCCGGGAAUAAUGGGUUCAUUUUUUACUGGCCAGAGCUGCAGAAAUAAUGAAGAGGUAACACUUAUACGUAAAGCUGAUCUAGAGAACCAUAAUAAAGAUGGAGGCUUCUGGACAGUGAUUGAUGGGAAAGUGUAUGAUAUAAAAGAUUUUCAGACCCAGUCUUUAACAGGGAAUAGUAUACUUGCUCAGUUUGCAGGUGAGGAUCCAGUUGUUGCUUUGGAAGCUGCCUUGCAGUUUGAGGACACAAGAGAGUCGAUGCAUGCCUUCUGUGUUGGCCAGUAUAUGGAGCCUGACCAGGAAGUGAUUACAACACCAGAUCUUGGCAGUCUGUCGUCACCUCUCAUAGACACAGAAAGAAAUUUGGGCCUUCUUCUUGGACUGCAUGCUUCCUACCUAGCAAUGAGUACAUCACUUUCUCCUGUGGAGGUUGAAUGUGCCAAAUGGCUUAAGUCAUCUAUCUUCUCUGGAGGCUUGCAGACCAGUCAGAUACAUUACAGUUACAAUGAGGAGAAAGAUGAAGACCACUGCAGUUCACCUGGGAACACUACCCCAAACAAAUCAAAACUAUAUUCACAUCGACUAACCUUGAGUGACCAUUCACAACCAUUUCUGCAAGCCAUUGCAGAUAACAAUAUUCAGGAUCACACUGUGAAGGACUUUUUAUGUCAAGUAGAGAGGUACUGCAAACAAUGUCACUUGACAACACCAAUCACAUUCCCUCCUGAGCAUCCUGUGGAAGAAGUAGGACGUUUACUCUUAUGUUGUCUUCUAAAGCAUGAAGAUUUAGGUCAUGUGGCAUUGUCUCUAGUACAUCCUGGUACCCUGGGAGUUGACCAAGUCAAACACAGAACCUUACCGAAAUCUGUAGUAGAUGUAUGUCGUGUUGUCUAUCAAGCAAAAUGCUCGCUAAUUAAGACACAUCAGGAACAAGGCCGCUCCUACAAGGAAGUUUGUGCUCCUGUCAUUGAACGUUUGAGAUUCCUGUUCAAUGAAUUGCGUCCUGCAGUCUGCAAUGACAUCUCCAUAAUGUCAAAGUUUAAACUUCUGAGCUCUUUGCCCCGAUGGAGGAGGAUAGCUCAGAAGAUAAUUCGAGAGAGAAGAAAAAAAAGAGUGCCAAAAAAAUCUGAAUCUGCUGAUGUGGAAGAAUCCAAAAUUGGAAAUGAGGAGAGUGACUUAGAAGAGUCAUGUGUUGUACCCCAUAGUCCUGUGUCUGUAGAUAAAAGGCCCAUGCCAGUCAAAUCACCUAAGGAUAAAUGGCAACCACUUUUGAGUACAGUUACAGGUGUUCAUAAAUAUAAAUGGCUGAAGCAAAAUGUCCAAGGCUUGUAUCCCCAGUCUGCUCUCCUCAACACCAUUGUUGAAUUUGCACUGAAAGAAGAGCCAGUGGAUGUAGAAAAGAUGAGAAAAUGUUUAUUGAAGCAGUUAGAAAGAGCAGAAGUUCGUCUGGAGGGGAUAGAUACAAUUCUGAAACUGGCAACUAAAAGCUUCUUACUCCCAUCUGUGCAAUAUGCUAUGUUCUGUGGAUGGCAGAGGCUUAUUCCAGAGGGGAUCAAUAUAGGGGAACCGCUCACAGACUGUUUGAAGGAUGUUGAUCUGAUCCCACCAUUUAAUAGAAUGCUGCUGGAAGUAACUUUUGGAAAGUUGUAUGCGUGGGCUAUUCAAAAUGUCCGGAACAUCUUGUUGGAUGCUAAUGUCAGAUUUAAAGAACUAGGUAUCCAACCUGUUCCUCUGCAAACCAUUACUAAUGAGAAUGCUGCCGGACCAAGUCUUGGGACCAUUCCACAAGCACGUUUUCUGUUGGUCAUGCUCAACAUGCUGACCUUACAGCAUGGUGCCAACACCUUGAACCUCCUUCUCAACUCUGGCAUGCUAGCGUUGACGCAAACCACGCUGCGGCUAAUAGGGCCUAGUUCUGAUAACACUGAAGAAGAUAUGAUUGCUGCUUCUCGGGGAGCUUCUGCCACAGUUUUGGAAGAGUCAAGGAAGGAAACCACACCAGUUCAGCUCCCUGUGUCUGGGCCAGAGCUGGCAGCCAUGAUGAAAAUUGGUACCAGGGUGAUGAGAGGGGUGGACUGGAAAUGGGGUGAUCAGGAUGGGCCCCCUCCAGGUUUGGGUCGUGUGAUUGGUGAACUGGGAGAGGAUGGCUGGAUUAGGGUUCAGUGGGACACUGGCAGUACAAAUUCUUACAGGAUGGGGAAGGAGGGAAAAUAUGACCUCAAACUGGCUGAGCCACCACCUGCAGCUCAACCCACAACAGAAGACUCUGAUACAGAGGAUGAUUCUGAAGGAGAACAAGCUGAAAGGAACCUUCACCCCACUUCCACGAUGCUGAUGAGUACCGUGAACUUGUUACAGACGCUCUCUCUCUCUGCUGGAGUCCAUGCUGAAGUCAUGCAGAAUGAAGCGACCAGAACUUUGUGUGGAUUGCUUCGCAUGUUGGUGGAGAGUGGAACGAUAGAUAAAUCAACUUCGUUGCCAAAUAAGUUGGUUUAUAAAGAGCAGCAUAGAAGCUGGUGCACGUUAGGAUUCAUUCGAAGUAUAGCACUCAUGCCUCAGAUGUGCAGCACGCUUAGCACAUCUCAGUGGAUAACUUUGCUAAUGAAAAUUGUGGAGGGGCAUGAAUCUUUCACUGCUGCAUCACUACAGAGACAGAUCCUUGCUGUGCAUUUAUUAAAAGCGGUACUUCCAUCCUGGGACAAAACUGAAAGAUCAAGAGACAUGAAAUUUCUUGUGGAAAAACUAUUUGGUUUCCUAGGCAGUCUACUUAGUACUUGCUCUUCAGAUAUCCCACUACUCAGAGAAUCUACUCUGAGGAGGAGGAAGGCCAGGCCUCAAGCAUCUCUAACUGCAACUCACAGCAGUACUUUGGCAGAAGAGAUAGUGGCACUGCUGAGGACACUCCAUUCACUAAGCCAGUGGAAUGGACUCAUAAACAAGUACAUCAACUCUCAACUAACCUCCAUCACCCACAUCUUUGCAGGAAAACAGUCAGAAGGGGCUGUUUUAGAAGAUUACUUCACUGAUUCUGAGAAUCCAGAGGUGGGAGGCUUAAUGGCUGUACUAGCAGUGAUUGGUGGAAUAGACAGUCGCUUGAGAUUAGGUGGACAAGUCGUUCAUGAUGAAUUUGGAGAAGGCACAGUGACGCGCAUCACACCAAAAGGAAGAAUCACUGUUCAAUUCUAUGACAUGCGAACAUGUAGAGUAUGCCCCUUAAGUCAACUAAAACCACUUCCAGUGGUGGCUUUUAAUGUGAACAACUUGCCAUUCACUGAACCCAUGUUGUCUGUCUGGGCUCAGCUGGUAAACUUGGCCGGAAGUAAAGUAGAAAAACACAGAAUGAAGUCUCCCAACCAGGGUCUUUCAGGUCAAGUGGAUUUGGAUCUGCUGAGAUGCCAACAGUUAAAACUGUACAUAUUGAAAGCAGGUCGAGCUCUGCUAUCUCACCAGGAUAAAUUAAGGCAGAUCUUAUCUCAACCAGCUGUACAAGAGGCUGGAUCGAUUCCCACAGAGGAUGGAGCAGUUGCAUCCCCUGACAUAGGAGAUAUGUCUCCUGAAGGACCUCAACUUCCCAUGAUCCUCUUACAGCAGCUUCUGACAGCUGCUACCCAGCCAUCGCCUGUGAAAGCAAUAUUUGACAAACAAGAGCUUGAGGCUGCUGCUUUGGCAGUGUGCCAGUAUCUAGCUGUGGAGUCCACUCAUCCUUCCACUCCACUGUUUGAAGACUGUAGCUCCAGUGAGGCCACAACACCCAUCACAGUGCAGCAUAUCCGACCUGCAAAAGUGAAGAAACGCAAGCAAUCUCCCAUUCCACCCCUCCCUAUUGUAGUUCAGCUUAUGGAAAUGGGAUUUCCUAGGAAAAAUAUUGAAUUUGCACUGAAGUCGCUCUCAGGGACCUCUGGAAGUGCUUCUGGAUUACCAGGAGUGGAAGCCUUGGUUGGUUGGCUGUUGGAUCACCCUGAUGUCCAGAUUACUGAUCUCUCAGAUGCUGAUACUGUGUCUGAUGAAUAUUCAGAUGAGGAGAUGGUAGAAGAUGUGGAAGAAGCUGAGGCUGCUUGUCCUGUCUCUAGUGGUGCUGUUGUUACAGAGAGCCAAACUUACAAGAAACGAGCUGAUUUCUUAAGUAAUGAUGAUUAUGCUGUGUAUGUGCGAGAGAACAUUCAGGUGGGGAUGAUGGUUAGAUGCUGCAGGACCUAUGAGGAAGUUUGUGAAGGAGAUGUAGGUAAAGUUAUUAAAUUGGAUCGAGAUGGACUACAUGACCUCAAUGUGCAAUGUGAUUGGCAACAAAAGGGUGGCACUUACUGGGUCAGAUAUAUCCACGUUGAGCUUGUAGGAUUCCCACCACAGAGUUCUCCUUCUCACAUUAAGAUUGGUGACAAAGUGCAUGUGAAAACCUCAGUUACUACACCCAAAUACAAAUGGGGAUCUGUUACUCACAGGAGCGUGGGGGUUGUAAAAGCUUUUAGUGCCAAUGGAAAAGAUGUCAUCGUAGACUUCCCUCAGCAGUCUCACUGGACUGGUUUAUUGUCAGAAAUGGAAUUGGUCCCCAGCAUUCAUCCAGGGGUCACGUGUGAUGGCUGUCAGAUGUUUCCUAUCAAUGGGCCUAGGUUCAAAUGUAGAAACUGUGAUGACUUUGACUUUUGUGAAACCUGUUUCAAAACCAGAAAGCAUAACACCCGGCAUACUUUCGGCAGAAUAAAUGAACCAGGUCAGUCUCCCGUAUUUUGUGGGCGUUCUGGAAAACAGCUGAAGAGACAUCAUAGCAGUCAGCGAGGAAUGCUACUGGAUGACUGGUCACGAAUUGUUAAGAAUUUGAAUGUGUCGUCUUCUGUGAAUCAGGCUUCACGUUUGAUUGAUGGCAGUGAACAAUGUUGGCAGUCUUCUGGCUCACAAGGAAAGCACUGGAUUCGUUUAGAGAUUUUCCCUGAUGUAGUUGUCCACAGACUGAAGAUGAUAGUUGAUCCUGCAGACAGCAGCUACAUGCCCUCUCUUGUUGUGGUUUCAGGUGGGAAUUCUUUAAAUAACCUUAUAGAGCUAAAGACAAUCAACAUUAACCCUGCGGACACCACAGUGCCUCUUCUUAGUGAUUGUAUAGAGUAUCACAGGUAUAUUGAGAUUGCUAUAAAGCAGUGCAGAAGCUCUGGAAUAGAUUGCAAAAUACAUGGUCUCAGCAUACUGGGGCGUAUCCGGGCAGAGGAUGAAGAUUUGGCUGCAGUCCCUUUCCUUGCUUCCGAUAAUGAGGAAGAGGAUGAUGAUAAAGCCAACACUGGGAGUCUUGUUAGGAAGAAGAUGGCAGGGCUGGAAUCAGCAGCUACCAUAAGAACCAAAGUUUUUGUUUGGGGGCUGAAUGACAAAGAUCAGUUGGGAGGACUAAAGGGUUCCAAGAUCAAGGUUCCUUCAUUCUCUGAAACGCUUUCUGCCUUGAAUGUAGUACAGGUAGCUGGUGGAUCCAAAAGCCUUUUUGCAGUAACUGUAGAGGGCAAAGUAUAUGCCUGUGGAGAAGCCACUAAUGGAAGACUUGGUUUAGGCCUGUCCAGUGGAACUGUGCCUAUUCCCCGACAGAUUACAGCUCUCAGUAAUUAUGUAGUGAAGAAGGUGGCUGUUCACUCAGGUGGCCGGCAUGCUAUGGCUUUAACUGUUGAUGGGAAGGUAUUUUCAUGGGGCGAAGGAGACGAUGGAAAACUUGGCCACUUCAGCAGAAUGAAUUGUGAUAAACCAAGACUGAUAGAAGCAUUGAAAACCAAGCGUAUCCGUGAUAUUGCUUGUGGCAGUUCUCACAGUGCUGCCAUCACAUCUAGUGGUGAACUGUACACAUGGGGCCUUGGAGAAUAUGGCAGGCUGGGUCAUGGAGACAAUACUACACAACUCAAACCGAAGAUGGUUAAAGUGCUUCUUGGUCACAGAGUCAUUCAAGUUGCUUGUGGAAGCAGAGAUGCUCAGACUCUGGCUUUGACAGAUGAAGGUUUGGUGUUUUCCUGGGGAGAUGGUGACUUUGGAAAACUGGGCCGAGGAGGAAGUGAAGGAUGCAACAUUCCUCAGAACAUUGAAAGACUAAAUGGCCAGAGUGUGUGCCAGAUUGAGUGUGGGGCUCAGUUCUCUUUGGCACUUACCAAAUCUGGAGUGGUGUGGACCUGGGGCAAGGGGGAUUACUUCAGGCUAGGUCAUGGCACUGAUGUUCAUGUGCGAAAGCCACAGGUUGUGGAAGGGCUGAGAGGGAAGAAGAUUGUACAUGUGGCUGUAGGUGCACUUCACUGCCUGGCUGUAACUGACACAGGACAGGUUUAUGCUUGGGGUGACAAUGAUCAUGGACAACAAGGCAAUGGAACUACUACAGUCAAUAGAAAACCCACUCUUGUACAGGGUUUAGAAGGCCAGAAAAUUACACGUGUUGCUUGUGGAUCUUCCCACAGUGUAGCAUGGACAACAGUGGAUGUAGCUACACCAUCUGUUCAUGAGCCAGUACUCUUCCAAACUGCUAGAGACCCUUUAGGCGCUUCUUAUCUAGGUGUCCCAUCAGAUGCAGAUUCUUCUGCUGCCAGUAACAAAAUCAGUGGUGUAAGCAGUUCCAAACCUAACCGCCCUUCCCUCGCUAAGAUUCUUCUGUCGCUAGAUGGGAACCUUGCCAAACAACAAGCAUUAUCUCAUAUAUUGACAGCAUUACAAAUCAUGUAUGCCAGGGAUGCAGUGGUUGGAGCACUGAUGCCUGCAAGUAUGAUUGCACCAGUGGAAUGUCCUUCUUCAUCCCCGGUCCCACCACCAGAUGCUGCUUCUACAGGGAGCCCUGCCAAUGGGGAAGAGUGUGUGCUAGCAGUGGAUGUCGAAGAGAGACUGAGUCCAAAUCCCUGGCAGGACAGGAGAGGAGAGGUUGUUUCUUCAGAAGAUGCUGUGACCCCCUCUGCUGUAACUCCCUCAGCUGCUGCUGCCUCUUCUCGUCCUUUCAUUCCAGUCACUGAUGAUCCUGGAGCUGCCAGUAUCAUAGCAGAGACCAUGACGAAAACCAAAGAAGAUGUAGAAAGCCAAAGUAAAGUAUCUGGUCCUGAGCCCCAAUACUUGGAUGAGUUCACUAGUCUUUUAGUACCGGAUGACACACGAGUCAUGGUUGACCUGCUGAAGCUUGCUGUCUCCACCAGGGCUGGUGAGAAGGGAAAGGAUGUUCUUUCCGCUGUGCUGUCUGGAAUGGGCACUGCAUACCCACAGGUUGCUGACAUGUUGUUGGAGCUGUGUGUUACAGAGUUAGAAGAUGUGGCUACCGACUCGCAAAGUGGUCGUCUUUCUUCACAGCCAGUGGUGGUGGAAAGUAGCCAUCCAUAUACAGAUGAUACUUCAACCAGUGGCACUGUUAAAAUACCAGGUGCCGAGGGACUCAGAGUAGAAUUUGAUCGCCAGUGUUCUACAGAGCGGCGCCAUGACCCUCUCACCAUAAUGGAUGGAGUCAACAGGAUAGUUUCAGUCCGAUCAGGUCGUGAGUGGUCCGAUUGGUCUAGUGAAUUGCGAAUUCCAGGAGAUGAAUUAAAGUGGAAGUUCAUCAGUGAUGGCUCUGUGAAUGGAUGGGGAUGGCGAUUCACUGUUUAUCCUAUCAUGCCAGCUGCAGGCCCUAAAGACCUCCUUUCAGAUCGCUGCAUUCUUUCUUGUCCAUCAAUGGAUUUGGUAACAUGUUUGCUGGAUUUCCGCUUGAAUUUUGCUUCCAAUAGGAGUAUAGUUCCUCGCCUGGCCGCGUCACUUGCAGCGUGUGCUCAAUUAAGUGCCCUAGCUGCUGGACACAGAAUGUGGGCCUUGCAGAGACUACGAAAGCUGCUAACAACAGAGUUUGGCCAAUCUAUCAACAUAAACAGGAUUCUAGGGGAUAAUGAUGGAGAAACACGAACUAUGAGUUUCACAGGCAGUGCUUUAGCUGCUUUGGUUAAAGGCCUUCCAGAAGCUUUGCAGCGGCAGUUUGACUAUGAAGAUCCUAUUGUGAGAGGUGGCAAGCAGUUGCUUCACAGCCCUUUCUUUAAGGUGCUUGUAGCUCUUGCUUGUGAUCUAGAAUUGGACACUCUUCCUUGCUGUGCAGAGACACACAAAUGGGCUUGGUUCAGAAGAUACUGUAUGGCCUCCAGGGUUGCUGUUGCUCUUGAUAAGAGAACUUCAUUGCCUCGCCUUUUCCUUGAUGAGGUGGCAAAGAAAAUCCGAGAAUUAAUGGCAGAUAAUGAGAAUAUGGAUGUUCUCCAUGAGAGCCAUGAUGCCUUUAAGAGAGAGCAAGAUGAACAGCUUGUGCAAUGGAUGAACAGGAGACCAGAUGACUGGACCCUUUCAGCUGGAGGUAGUGGCACUAUUUAUGGUUGGGGUCAUAAUCAUAGAGGACAGCUUGGAGGUAUUGAAGGGGCAAAGGUGAAAGUUCCAACUCCAUGUGAAGCCCUUGCCACACUUAGACCUGUGCAGUUAAUUGGUGGUGAACAGACUCUGUUUGCCGUGACUGCUGAUGGGAAGCUUUAUGCCACUGGAUAUGGUGCAGGUGGCAGGCUUGGAAUUGGAGGAACUGAGUCAGUUUCCACACCAACAUUACUGGAAUCCAUUCAGCAUGUGUUCAUAAAGAAAGUUGCUGUGAACUCAGGAGGAAAGCACUGUUUGGCACUAUCUUCAGAAGGAGAAGUUUAUUCUUGGGGUGAGGCAGAAGAUGGUAAACUGGGUCACGGAAACAGAAGUCCUUGUGAUCGUCCUCGUGUAAUUGAGUCUUUGCGAGGGAUAGAAGUAGUUGACAUCGCUGCUGGUGGAGCACACAGUGCAUGUAUUUCUGCAGCAGGGGAUCUUUAUACAUGGGGAAAAGGGAGAUAUGGACGCCUUGGGCAUGGAGAUAGUGAGGAUCAGCUAAAACCCAAACUGGUGGAAGCAUUGCAGGGCUAUCGUGUGAUCGACGUAGCCUGUGGUAGUGGAGAUGCACAGACAUUGUGUCUGACUGAUGAUGAUACUGUCUGGUCAUGGGGUGAUGGAGAUUAUGGAAAACUUGGGAGAGGGGGCAGUGAUGGCUGUAAAGUACCAAUGAAGAUUGAUUCCCUUACAGGCCUUGGAGUGGUUAAAGUGGAAUGUGGAUCACAAUUCUCUGUGGCUCUUACCAAGUCCGGAGCAGUAUAUACCUGGGGUAAAGGAGAUUAUCAUCGAUUAGGCCAUGGAUCUGAUGACCAUGUGAGAAGACCUCGACAAGUACAAGGGCUGCAAGGAAAGAAAGUCAUCGCAAUAGCUACUGGCUCUUUGCACUGUGUUUGCUGCACUGAAGACGGUGAAGUGUACACGUGGGGAGAUAAUGAUGAAGGGCAGCUUGGAGAUGGGACAACUAAUGCUAUUCAAAGACCCCGGUUGGUUGCAGCACUUCAGGGUAAAAAAAUAAACAGAGUUGCCUGUGGGUCAGCACAUACUUUAGCCUGGUCGACUAGUAAACCUGCUAAUGCUGGCAAGCUUCCUACCCAAGUUCCUAUGGAGUACAACCAUCUACAGGAAAUACCAAUAAUUGCAUUGAGAAACAGACUGUUGUUACUGCAUCACAUCUCUGAACUAUUUUGUCCUUGCAUUCCCAUGUUUGAUCUCGAAGGACGCCUUGAUGAAACGGGCCAGGGACCCUCUAUUGGGUUUGAUACUUUACGGGGAAUUCUGAUAUCGCAGGGAAAGGUAUUUAUCAGGGUAAAGCGUUCUAGAAGUAAAGGUGGAUUGGCUGGUCCUGAUGGUACAAAGUCAGUGUUUGGUCAAAUGUGUGCUAAAAUGAGUUCCUUCAGUCCAGACAGUCUUCUCCUACCUCAUCGUGUUUGGAAAGUAAAGUUUGUUGGCGAGUCUGUGGAUGACUGUGGUGGAGGUUACAGUGAAUCAAUAGCAGAAAUGUGUGAAGAGCUCCAGAAUGGGCUUACCCCUCUCCUCAUUGUGACCCCGAAUGGAAGAGAUGAAUCUGGAGCAAAUAGAGAUUGCUUCCUGUUAAACCCUGCUGCCAAGUCUCUCUUACAUAUGAACAUGUUUCGUUUCCUGGGUGUGCUGCUGGGCGUUGCUAUCAGAACUGGCAGCCCGCUAAGCCUCAAUCUGGCAGAACCAGUAUGGAAACAGCUGGCAGGGAUGAACCUAACAAUUGCUGACCUCAGUGAGGUUGAUAAAGAUUUUAUUCCUGGGCUUAUGUACAUUCGAGACAACGAAGCUACUUCUGAAGAGUUCGAAGCCAUGAGCCUUCCCUUCACAGUGCCAAACGCAAGUGGUCAAGACAUUCAAUUGAGUUCCAAAUAUACCCAUAUUACACUGGAUAAUAGAGCUGAAUAUGUGAGACUGGCAAUAAACUACAGGCUUCAUGAAUUUGAUGAACAAGUUGCAGCAGUUCGGGAAGGGAUGGCCCGGGUUGUUCCUGUUCCUCUUCUUUCACUCUUUACGGGAUAUGAACUGGAAACAAUGGUAUGUGGAAGCCCAGAUAUCCCACUUCACCUUUUGAAGUCUGUAGCAACAUAUAAGGGAAUUGAACCUACCGCCUCCUUGAUACAGUGGUUCUGGGAGGUGAUGGAAUCCUUCUCCAAUACAGAACGAUCUCUCUUCUUACGUUUUGUAUGGGGCAGGACAAGGCUACCUAGAACUAUUGCAGACUUCAGAGGCAGGGACUUUGUUAUUCAGGUUUUGGAUAAAUACAAUCCUCCAGACCACUUCCUUCCUGAGUCCUAUACAUGCUUCUUUCUGCUGAAACUGCCCAGGUAUUCUUGUAAGCAGGUACUGGAGGAAAAACUGAAAUAUGCCAUUCAUUUCUGCAAGUCCAUAGACACUGAUGAUUAUGCCCGGAUAGCACUGACAGGAGAGCCAGCUGCUGAUGACAGUAGCGAUGAUUCCGACAAUGAAGAUGCAGAUUCUUUUGCUUCAGACUCUACACAGGAUUAUUUAACAGGACAUUGAAGCAAAUAACAUAAGAGACAAAUGUGUCACAAGCACUGAGGCAUGAAACGCCACUAGUGGCAUUUGAGCAAAGGAGUACAGAAUAUGUAUAACCAGAGGAAUACUAAUCUUCUGAACGUGGGGAAAGCUUGUUUGUUACUCACAAUAGGAAUAAUGGAGUAUAACUUAAGACAUCUGCUUAGAAUAAAUGGCACGGUAUAUGGGCAUUUAACAUUUAUUUUAAGAGUUGAGAGUGUCCCCCAUAAGACUGCACUACAUUUAGAAGCUUUGUGUUUACUAAAGUGUUGUAAAUGUUUAUAUACAUAUGGUAGUGCAGCAUCCAGAAAAAGCAGUGAAACCUUUAAAUUGUGGGUGCAAUAGAUUUUUUUCAUAAUAAGUGUUGUGUUCUGUGUAACUUCUUGAUUGUAUAUUGGAAAUACUGUGCAGCAGCUGAAUAGUAUUAUAAAUAUUUCAAUUAACUUUACUAGAAGUUUGUUUAUUAAAAAACUUUUUGAACAUUAAAUUAUCAGUAUUCCUUGAAAUACAUCUAUAGGUAAUUAAACGAAAAAGGCCAUUAGGUUCACUUCCUCUCCCUGUUUGUAUAUUUUAGCUUAUGCAUUAUGUAUCUCAAAUCGAUACCUUUCUGUGAACAACAUCAUAUUUCUUAUCAUGGGAAGUGUAUUGUAUAUAAUUAAUUUGUGCCAUGUAUAUGCAAAAAUUAUAAUUUCCCUCCAAAUAAAACUUCUGUCACAAA